AUGGCUCCACAACAAUCCGGAUACUCCGCUCGCUCUCAAAGUUCCAGCAACAAUCGCAAUAAACCUCGUAGAGAACAUGGCAAUAGUUCAAUAGCAUCAUCGUCUUCUUCCAUGGAUGACGCACAAGACAUCACUAACCAAAAAACUCUUCGAACUCGAAUUAAAAACAUAAUGCAAGCUUCGGAACCUCAGCACAAUAACCAUCAUCAUAUCAAAAAAAAAUCAUCACACAAAUCUAAAAUUCCGAAAGACAUUCUCAAGAGGUGUUUUUCUCAAUUUCAACAACUCAUAAGACAAACUCAUAUUGAACAUUAUUUUGCUUCUCAUCCGCAAGAAAAAACAAAACGACGAUUGACCGAAGAAGAUCUUGCUUCCAUUGAGCAUUUACAUAUUUAUGAUUUUGAUGGAACGUUAUACGAAACCUUGCUACCUGAAGAAGGUAUACCGCUCUAUGAAAGCGUAACGGGUAGACCAUGGCCUUAUGGAGUUGGUUGGUGGUCAAAACAUGAGUCGAUCUCUGCAUUUUCUUUUUUAAAAGACGUUAAUAAUGAACAUGUUGUAAAAGAAGGUGAAGCUUUAGAACAUUAUUUAUUGUUGAAAGCCCAAAAACAGAGACAUGACUUGAUUGUAAUGAUGACUGGUAGAAAAAGCUCUUUAAAGAGAUCAGUUAUUGAAUUUUUAACUUAUAGGCUUGAAGACGAAACCUUAAUGCCAGAGGUCAUGUGUUUCAAACCUGACGAAUUUGGAAGUAACACUCUGGGAUACAAGGUGCAACAUAUAUAUGCUUUUUGUAAUUCAUUACCUAAUUUAAAAUUUAUCACCAUGUGGGAAGACAGAGUAGAACAUGCCAACAAAUUUAAAAAUUUAACAAUCAAGAAUUUCACACUUAACACUUCGAUCACCAUAGAUGUGAAAAUUGUCGGUAAAGAAAAGGAUAAUAUUGCCACAGAUGAACAAUAA